AUGGGUGGUCACGGCCAUGGGGCUCCUUACACCAUACCGAAGUAUACUGAAUUCAAGACUAAAGGCAUCCCACAACUGGAAGAACUUGAGAAAGCGCUCGCCCAAAAAGGAUUGAAAGACCCCUGGAUCAGGAAUGAAGCCUGGAGGUAUCAUCCCGGUUUUGGCACAAAGCUUCAGAGAGCUCGUAAGCUGUUCUUCCGCGGGUUUCCCCUUGGUCUAGCACUCACCAUUGCUACCGUUGCCUUCGACAAGCUGGCCGGCGGAGAGGACCAUGAUCACGGACACCACUAG